AUGGCAAGUCGGACGGCACCGUGCGCGGGCUGCCGCACUGAGGUGAGCGGAAACGGUCCAUAUAUGAAAUGUGCAAAAUGUAAGCAGAUUUUUGAUAUUAUUUGUGCAAACAUUACUACUGAUGUGCUUAAAAAUAUGUCGGUGGAAUUAAAGAUGUCUUGGAUAUGUGGAGAAUGUCGUUGUAGGCAACCAAAACGAGAUAAUUCUCAUACUCAAGUGCGGCCACACGUUAUGCAGGAUCUAAAUACCACCUCUACUGCUUCGUGCCUUGACGUAUCCAUGCAGACUUCUGAUAACGUGACUGUACGAGCUAAGCCGCGACACGCCCAAACUACUAUGGGAAGCACAGGCGAAAGUAUUACAGGAAACGAUUUAAAAGAUUCUGUCGUGCGUGAAUUAAAAAACCUGCAAAUUGAAUUCGAAGCACAGCUAAUGAGCAAAAUUAAUACACUGCUUAUUGAACAAUUUUUGGCGUUCAAAACUGAAUUCAUAGAUAGUGUUAAUUUGAUAACGAACAAGGUUUUACAAUUAGAGGAAUACUACUUAUCGAGCAUUAAUAAGGCCUGCGAACUAACGCCAAUAUCCAAAAUCUUGAAAACUAGCGGUACUCAAACCAGUCCAACCCUUGAAAAUAUACCCACUACACAAAAUAAGCCUCCGAAGCGGAAACCUCAACCUCAACCUCAACCAAAUAUCGAACAUCUCGGAACUGAUAAGGAUCAGUCUGCGUUUACUGUCCCCAGAACAAAUAAAGUCUCAUCUGUGGCUCCAGUUCUCAGUGCUCAAAAGAUGAUGCACGCAGAAUAUUCCGAGUCUUCCGUCUCUCUACAUAAUAGCCAGGACUGCGAGCGGAUUGAUGACAACUGGCAAGAACUAUCACGCAAACGGGCACGCCCCUCACUUCCCGGGUUGCUUCGAGGUACCGCCGCGCCUGGUUCUACGAUGUUGCAUGCUGCUGAAAGGUGA